UUCCGCGUUUGUCGUCGUUGGUGUUUUUAUGUUACUGGCUUGUUAAACACGGCCGCACACGAGAAAAGUUGAAGUGAAUUUGCUUAAACGUGUAAUUUGUGUUGUUUCACCGGAAACUCAAGUCGGUGAUUACACGGAUUUUUUUUUAUUUCAACUACUGUGAUUAGAAAUAUCAAAUUGAAAGUUUUAUUUUUUGCGACUCCACCCUUGUAUUCAAAAGAAGAGUAAAAUCGCGACAAAGAUAACUUUGUGCGUGUAGUGAGAUUAUUCUCAGGAUCGAGAGUGAUCUGUUAUUUUUGUUUACUGUUUUUAUAUAUAUCUAUAUUUAAUACACAAUCGUCAAUUGGUUCUAAGUGAUAGUGUAACAAAAAAAAAAAAAGCACACGAAUGAUCUUGUGCGAAAUCAUGCGAUAAAGGAUAAUUUUUCUUUAUUUUUUAGUGGUGUGAAGUAAUAUUUAUAGCAAUAUAAAGAAAGUAUACCUGGUAUUGUCCAGAGUAAUUUUGAAAAAUUCAACAUCAAGAUGAUGGGAAAACGAACGCAAUGUUACCUUUGCGAUCUGCCGCGCAUGCCAUGGGCAAUGAUAAUGGAGUUCUCAGAGCCUGUAUGCCGUGGAUGCGUCAAUUAUGAAGGCGCUGAUAGGAUAGAUUUAGUUUUAGAAUCUGCUAAACAGUUGAAAAAAGCCCAUGGUUUUCAGGAUACAAGGCCAUCAGCUUCUAAAGCAUACAGAAGCGCGGGUCACGCUGAACACAAUGGCGGUACAAAUUUAGAUGUUUUACCGAUUCAAAAUGCCGGCCAGGCUCAUUCACGACAUCACAAUAUAACGAAUUAUUCGCAACUUCAUCAUCGCAAUUCUAUAACUGAUUUUAAUUCAAAUACUCGACAGCAACAACAACAGCAACAGCAACAACAACUCGUUGCAGCAUCUCGUCAACAACAUGAUGAACCUCAUGAAUUAGCUAAUGGCAUCAGAAAUAACAGUGUACGAAUUUCAAAUGCCCACCUGGCUGCUGUUUCUCAUCAUGUCAAUAUGAGUCACAGUCGUAACACACAAUUAAAACGUGGAAUAUCAUCCAUUGAUGAAGAUGAACAUGCUGAAAAAAGAUUAUCACUGGAAGAACAACAUCCAGUUAGACCACCACUUACUCGUGGAGAAUCUCUUCCAGCAGUCAGCCUUGCUGUAAGCUACGUUCAAGAUAGAAGCAAAGAAAAACAUCCUGUUAGAGCACCCAGUUUUGAGACUGCCACAACAUUCAAGGCCAACGGUGCUUACGUUGGCCCUUCAAUUCCCCUUGCACCUGCUAAUGUUGCGACAAAUGGUGGUGGUGGUUCACCACUUCGUCCAAGGACUAGUCCACCACCGCCACCUCCACCACCCCAAGAGACUGGAGCAGGUAAUCAACAAGGAAAUCAUCAUCAGAGUUCAGCCGGUGGCCCUUCACCUAUGGCCGCCUUAAUGUCUGUUGCUGAUACACUAACAUCACCUGAACCUGUUCCCCAACCACCAAAUAAUCCAAGUCCCACCAGUAGAAGUCCACCAACCACUGCUACCAAUGCUCAACAACGUAGUGUCUCGAGAUGCUCUCAACAUAGUCCCAAUAACACAGGAACAACAACAAAGAGACAAAAUGGAUCAAGACACGUAUCAUCAACAACAGUAAUGACAUCUUCAGAAGGUGCCAAUGUACAACAAACCACUGGAUCUGAACCAGUUCCAACUCCUGCUCUUAAAUGUACACUUUGUCAGGGUCGUCUUGAGGAUACUCAUUUUGUUCAGUGUCCCAGUGUUCCUCAUCAUAAAUUCUGCUUUCCUUGUAGCCGAGAAAGCAUUAAAAGACAGGGUGCUGGUUCUGAGGUUUAUUGUCCGAGUGGAGAGAAAUGUCCUUUGGCUGAUUCACAUGUUCCUUGGGCAUUUAUGCAGGGAGAAAUUGCCACAAUUCUUGCUGAAGAUACCACAGCUACUGGCUUGAAAGUUAAAAAAGAACGAGAAACUUAAAAAAUUAUUUAUGAUUUUUAAGGUUCAAGCUCAAAUUUCAAACUGGACUCUCUUAUUUAUUAACAUGAAAAAAGAGAAACAGUUUUUUCUUGGUGGAAAACCGUGAAGGAUCCACCAAAUAUUGCUUUUGGUUGAAAAAAUAAACUUGACGUGUUAAUGUUACUCGCAAGACGAGUUAAACAAGGAAUAGAGCCGAAGACGUAGAAUUGGAAUUAUUGUAAGCUGUAUAUGCUUAUUGUUAUCACAAGAGAAUCAUGUCCGUAUUCAAAUAUUUGUUUUUGUUAUAUUAAUAAUUCUGCGGACAAAUUUUUAAUUUUAUAUUGCAAAUAACUUUUUGAUGAAAUUAUUUAAAAUUAUUUCAUCAUUGGAAGUUCACUGAUAGCAGUUGGUUUUGAGGAGAAGUCUUCGGUAAUCAGGUCUGUUGGAAAAUUAUUCAAUUUUUGCGUUACGAUAACGCUAAAGCAGAUUAUUAAAAAAAAAAAAACAUUCAUUUUCUCUUCUUUUGUUCAUACUAAGUUAAGUUCUAAUAAAUGCCACGGCUCUUUGUCACAAAAAUUUGGUACCCUUUACAAAAAAAAAAAAAAAGAGAAAAAAAAGAAAAAAAAACUAUUAAAGGGUUUUGUACUUAGGCUUAAUCGCCUUGGUUUUAACCGUCACUAGACGAUUUCAAUGUAUUUUUUAAUGCAAAACAUCUCUUGACGAUUCAUCCAUUGUGGUUUAAUAAACAAUCAUUAAGUUUCA